UAUGUGCCCUGACCGGGAAUCUGGGAAUACAACCCGCCACCUUUUGGUGUAUGGGAGGACGCUCCAACCAACUGAGCCACUCUGGCCAGGGAUUCACCCCCAUGUUGGGUCCUCAGUCCGGGGAGUGCUGCGGGACAGUGGAGUAAGGCAAUGAUGAUCCGUGUUCAAGGAUCCUGCGGUCAGCUAUCUGCAGUUUCUGGGACUUGAUCAGACUGGGCCCUUGAUUGCUGUGUGACUUUAAGCUAGUUAUGGGGCUUCUCCAGGCCUCAUUUUCCUCAUUUGAAUUAUGCUGGGAAGUCAUCUCUGCCCCUACCCAGCCCCCACCUGAAAUUCCAUCCCCAGUCAUGAGAAUCGGGUUCAGGAAACAGUUUUUGCUAAGUGUCCUGGAGGGGUUAAGAGUUAUUUACCCCUUCACCUUCUCAAAAGCAUGUGGGGGCUCCAGAAAGCCUGACAGGGCCUCCAGGGCCCAGCACAUAGUUGAUGUCUAAUGAAUAAAUACAUGUGAUCUGUUGAGAGCCCAUAUUGGGAAAGUCAACAAGUUUGAGAUCUGUCCCCAACACCCAUGGUACCACACCCAGUGAUCCUGGGUCCUUUGGCCUUCCGUUUGUGGUGGUGGUGGGAGAGCCCACCUCUGUUUCCACUUCACAGAUAAGAAAAUGGAGGUUUGGGAAUCAAUGACUGACAGUGCCAGUGGUAGACACCCAGAGUCCAGGGCAUCUUGUUUCUGAUAUGGUGAAGGUAGUAGCAAGAGCUGAGGCCUGAGUUCCCCCUCAUCCCCACCAAAUCCCAGAUAGCUCUCUGGAAUGUGUGAAGGGGAAGCAGUGGAAGAAGGCUUGGGUUUCAUGGGCUUCAUGGCUGGCUCCUGAUCCUCAGUGGGCAUGAGGGUGUGAGAGUGUUUGUGAGUAGGGUUUGGCUUUGAGUGAAUGAGCAUCAGCAUGUAAGUAUAGGUGUGGGCAUUUGGGUAUUCUCUCUAGCCACCUGGGGCUGAUGUGGAAAAGGAUGUGGCUAGAUCUUGAAAGGCUGGGUAGGGGGGCUGCAGAGCCAGGACCCUUCUGGCUGGCCUAAGGUGGGACCUGGAGAGGGGGCUUCCUGUCUGACCAUACUGUGGAAUGUAGGCUCCUGUUCCUUCAGUUCCCCCUGGAACACCCAUGCCUCACAUCUCCCAAGAAUCCGGAAUCCUUAAAGACCCCUGCUUUAGAGGCUGAUAAGUAUGUUUUCAUCAACAGAUGAAAAACCACUUUUACCCACAAGAAAUGGAAAAAAUUUCAGCUGACACCCUCAGGACCAUAUGGAGACUAAAGCUAAUGUGGCAAAGAUAGGUCUCCUCCCCCUCCCCAGCCCCAUCCUUCCCCCACCAUACCCCCCACACUGGGGUAGUAACCUCAGAUUGGGAUAUGUCUUCUGUGCCCCUGGGUGUUCAGGGGUGGAGGAUGGUAAGGCCUCAAGAAAGGCUGGUGUGAGAUGGUUGGAGGUUCAAUGAGAGGUGGGGGCCUCAGUGGAGGAGAUCAGGGCUCAGUAAGGGCACUGGAGAUUGGUGAGGGGUGGAGGGUCUCAGUGAGGGAUGAAAACCUUCAGUCAAAGGGAGCAGGUCUUGGUGACUGGUGACAGAUGGGGUGCCAUGGGGCUGAUACCUGCCCCCUGUACCUCCAGCCCUGGCCUGCCCCUGGACAGCCCAGAGCCUUGAGGAGAAGCCGGAACUCUUGCAGGAUGGUGGUUUCCUGCCCCCAGUUCUCUUUUGGUGAAAUCUCCCGGGCAGCUGUGCCGGCUCAGCCCUCCCAUCUCACCCUGGGAACUUCUCUUUCGUCUCAGCCCUACCACUCAGCCUUGGAGGUCUCUGGCCCCUCCCAAGGACCAUGCUGCAGCCCAAUUGACCAAGGAGUAGGGGCCUGAGGGCAGGACACCUGGAAUGGGCUGUGUGUUCUGCAAGAAGUUGGAGCCGGGGCACAAGGACGAAGUUGGCCUGGAAGGGGACUUCAGGAGCUAUGGGGCUGCAGACCGCUAUGGCCCUGACCCUACUCAGGCCCAGCCUGUGUCCUCCUUUGCCCAUAUCCCCAACUACAACAACUUCUGCCCUCAGCCCACCAGCCCUGCCUUCUUUGAUGGGAGCACCAUCAGGGGAAUCUCAGGGACUGGGGUGACCUUGUUCAUCGCCCUGUACGACUAUGAGGCCCGGACAGAAGAUGACCUCACUUUCACCAAAGGCGAGAAGUUCCACAUCCUGAACAAUACUGAAGGUGACUGGUGGGAGGUUCGUUCCCUCAGCUCUGGACGAACUGGCUACAUUCCCAGCAACUAUGUGGCCCCUGUGGACUCCAUCCAGGCUGAAGAGUGGUACUUUGGAAAGAUCGGAAGGAAGGAUUCGGAGAGGCAGCUGCUCUCCCCUGGCAAUCCCCAGGGAGCCUUUCUCAUUCGGGAGAGCGAGACCACCAAAGGUGCCUACUCUCUGUCCAUCCGGGAUUGGGACCAGGCCAGAGGUGAUCACGUGAAGCAUUACAAGAUCCGAAAGCUGGACACGGGUGGCUACUACAUCACGGCGCGGGCCCAGUUUGACUCAGUGCAGGAGCUGGUGCAGCACUACAUGGAGGUGAACGACGGGCUGUGCCACCUGCUCACAGCGGCCUGCACGACCAUGAAGCCGCAGACGCUGGGCCUGGCCAAGGACGCCUGGGAGAUCCACCGCAGUUCCAUCACGCUCGAGCGCCGGCUGGGCACCGGUUGCUUCGGGGAUGUAUGGCUGGGCACGUGGAACGGCACCACGAAGGUGGCGGUGAAGACGCUGAAGCCAGGCACCAUGUCCCCGAAGGCCUUCCUGGAGGAGGCGCAGGUCAUGAAGUUGCUGCGACACGACAAGCUGGUGCAGCUGUACGCCGUGGUGUCGGAGGAACCCAUCUACAUUGUGACGGAGUUCAUGUGCCACGGUAGCUUACUGGAAUUCCUCAAGGACCGAGAAGGCCAUGAUUUGAAACUGCCCCAGUUGGUGGACAUGGCAGCCCAGGUAGCUGACGGCAUGGCCUACAUGGAGCGCAUGAACUACAUCCACCGUGACCUGAGGGCAGCCAAUAUCCUCGUAGGGGAGCGGCUGGUGUGCAAGAUUGCUGACUUUGGGCUGGCCCGUCUCAUUAAGGAUGAUGAGUACAACCCCCGGCAAGGGACCAAGUUUCCCAUCAAGUGGACAGCCCCAGAGGCUGCCCUUUAUGGUCGAUUCACCAUCAAAUCAGAUGUGUGGUCCUUUGGAAUCCUACUCACUGAACUCAUCAGCAAGGGCCGAGUCCCUUACCCAGGCAUGAAUAACCGGGAAGUGUUGGAACAGGUGGAGCAUGGCUACCACAUGCCGUGCCCCCCAGGCUGCCCAGUAUCCCUGUAUGAGGCCAUGCUGCAGACCUGGCGUCUGGACCCAGAGGAGAGGCCUACGUUUGAGUACCUGCAGUCCUUUUUGGAGGACUACUUCACCUCCUCAGAACCCCAGUACCAGCCUGGGGAUCAGACAUAGCCUGUUUGGGCAUCCGCUACCUCUCUCGGGGUGCCCACAAGCCCUUUUCAAUCCCCACAUCUCUAGUCCCAAAGCCCCCAGGCUUAGAACCCUGUAGAGUCCUGGUAUGUCCGAGCAAGCAGGUCGCUUUGAUGCCAUGGAGGGCAACCCACUCAUUUUUAAAACGGGCAAAUAGAGGCUCAGAGAUUACCCCUCACCCAGUGUGGUCCCAGGCACUAUUUCUGUCCUUCCAAUUUAGGGCCCUAUGUGCCUCUAGUCUCCCUCUCUCCCUCCCCCCCCAAAAAAUGCUCAGAUCUUGUCUAGUUAUUUAUAAAACUAUAUCAUUUCCUUCACCUCCCAUCCUGCAUUCCUACCCUGUCCUCCCAUCCUGCAUUUUUACCCUGUCCUCCCAUCCUGGUCCAGGACUCUAGAAUUCACCUCCUACUCAAUUUUCUCGUAUAAGUUACAAAGAGAAGGAAAAGCUUUGCUGGAUCCCUUUCCUGCUGGUGUAUCCUGUAGUCCAGGACUGGAGUCCAAGGCCCAGACUGAGGAAGAGGGUUGCGGAGGGCUCUCUUCACCCCCAAAUCAUGUGUGUGUUUAUUGAUUUUGUAAAUAAGAAAAUGAUUAUAUGAAUCCUCCAGCUAUGAAAAUCCCUUUCUUUGGGGGGAGUGAUGAUCAGUAGGAGGUGAGUGGGGCUGCUUAGGCUGCUGGAAAGAGGAGGGUGUGAGAGAGUGCCCUAAUACCUCCUAAGCAUAGAGUACCCAAGGGGUGUUUUAGGACCCAAAAGUCCUGAUGCUUGGCCUCACUGACUUUAGAACAAGUUGAAAGAUGGAUACAGAAGACAGGUGGCUAGAGAG